AUGAGACUUCAUAGGGUGUUUCUGUUUGCCUUUAUUGGCAAUGCUAUUGCGGUUGCGAUAGUGGAAAGGGCGAAAGAGACGGAUUGUUCGUUAUCGCCCUCUUUAUGUUCUACUAAGAAGACAUCAUCUACUACUUCCUCUUCCACUACUUCGUCCACCACUUCAUCUUCCACCACUUCAUCAACUACAUCUUCCAGCAGCACAAUCCAAACAACCGGAACCCUCACCGCCGACUUCUCCGCCUCUGCCACCGCCGCCACCGCAACUUGCGGCGCUGGAUUCCUCCCCGAAACCGCGACCGACCGAGCGCGCUCCAUUCUCCAAACCAACACCACCAGCACCUGCGCGACCAUCUCCCCAGGAUGGCCCUGUUUCGGGAUCGGCAUGACGCCGAACCAAGAUACCGUGUCGGCGAUACGUGGUGCAUUUGAUGACCCUGAUUAUCACGGUACCGUUGCCUUUCUGUGCAAUUUGAGCGAGGUCCCCAUGACGACUGCGGGCUUCGAUGUCGCUGUGUUGGAUGAUUUGAUCUAUGUGAAGCAUUGUGCGAAUUAUACGCCUGCGGCGCUGAUGAGUCCCGGAGAGUGGGUUUAUGGGUAUUUGGAUUGGAAUACGGUGCAGACGGUGGGACAGAGUAGUGAGUUGUGUACUCAUGUCAUGAGUCAGGUGGUGGCAUAUCCUAAUCGCAUGUCUUGA